GCGUACUGAGACUGCAAGAAAGGGGUCUGCUCGGGGCUCUGCUUGGUAGGUGAGCAGAGGGCCGGCGUGAGCGGCCUGGGGUUCGGUUCUGCACGAUGGCGUCUCGGGCAGGCCCACGAGCGGCCGGCACCGACGGCAGCGACUUUCAGCACCGGGAGCGCGUCGCCAUGCACUACCAGAUGAGUGUGACGCUCAAGUGUGAGAUCAAGAAGCUGAUCUACGUACAUCUGGUCAUAUGGCUGCUGUUGGUUGCCAAGAUGAGUGUGGGACACCUGAGGCUCUUGUCACAUGACCAGGUGGCUAUGCCCUAUCAGUGGGAAUAUCCGUAUUUGUUGAGCAUUGUGCCCUCUCUCUUGGGCCUUCUCUCCUUCCCUCGAAACAACAUUAGCUACCUGGUGCUCUCCAUGAUCAGCAUGGGGCUCUUCUCCAUCGCUCCCCUCAUUUAUGGCAGCAUGGAGAUGUUCCCUGCGGCACAGCAACUGUACCGCCAUGGCAAGGCCUACCGGUUUAUAUUUGGUUUUUCCGCUGUCUCCGUCAUGUACCUGGUGUUGAUACUGGCAGUCCAAGUUCAUGCCUGGCAACUGUACUACAGCAAGAAACUCUUAGACUCUUGGUUCACCAGCACACAGGAGAAGAAACGUAAAUGAGGCCCGCCUGACAGACAGACAGCAUGAAGGGAGCUGUUCAGAAUCUCCGUAGACUGUGGCGUCUGUGAUGCUGACAUCUAGUGCACACUAGGCUCAAAUUUUGGCCUUGAGUUCUCUGUUACCAUCUGCUGAGGUGACAAAGUUGUAGUGUUUAAUUUAUUCUUGACUAGCUACAACUGGGUGACCAAUGGCUGUGGAACUCUUCAGCUGGGUUGAAGUUGAGGCCUUCCAGACUGAGCCUUACCCUUGCCUUCUCUUGAUCAAAUUCCCUACUUCCAUUCUUGCCUCUUCACUACCAGUACUAAAUGAGAUCUGGAAUAAAUCAGUACAGAAAUUCUACUUCAAUCUGUAGGUCAUGGGGCAGGCAACAUUUGGGAAGCUGCUCUCCCUACAGACUGCUCUGUUUACUGCAAACCAUUUUAAUUACAAAAGAACCUCAAUAAAGUUAAGACUGUCCUGUG